CAUACAAAACAUCCUGAAGCCGGGAGCACUGUCAGCAACAUGAAUACACUAACUGAAGCCAAGCUGUAAACCACUGCCACGCUCUCUGAUCUCGAGUACAAGGGGGCAGGCAGAAACCAGUGGUGCAGGCAUGACAAAGCGAGCUGUAGUUAUUACACAAAGUGAGUCCAAACACUGCCAUGGCGAAGGAAAAUGAGGACUGGACGAAGCCGGUGGAAAGGAAAGGGAGAUUAACUGUGGUCCUGGCGCUGGCAACGCUCAUAUCUGCGUUUGGUUCAUCGUUCCAGUAUGGAUAUAAUGUUGCUGUGGUCAACUCUCCAUCAGUGUUCAUGAAGCAGUUCUAUAACACCACCUACAUGGGACGUUACAGCAGACCGAUGGAGGACAACUUCCUCACUCUGCUGUGGUCGCUCUCCGUGUCCAUGUACCCACUCGGAGGCUUCUUCGGUUCUCUGAUGGUGGCCCCUCUGGUCAACAAGCUAGGCAGGAAGGGCACCCUCCUCUUCAACAACAUCUUCUCCAUCGUUCCUGCGGUGAUGAUGGGAGUCAGUGAGAUCGCAAAGUCCUACGAGAUCAUCAUCGUGGCGAGGGUCAUAGUGGGAAUCUGUGCAGGUCUUUCAUCCAACGUGGUGCCCAUGUAUCUGGGAGAACUCUCUCCAAAAAACCUGAGGGGAGCCCUCGGCAUCGUGCCACAGCUCUUCAUCACCGUUGGCAUCCUCAGUGCACAGGUGCUGGGCAUCAGAAACAUCCUGGGCAACAGCACAGGCUGGCCCCUCAUGCUGGGUCUGACUGGGGUUCCUGCCGCGAUAGAGCUCCUGCUGCUGCCCUUCUUCCCGGAGAGCCCCAGGUACAUGCUCAUCCAGAAAGGAGACGAAAAGACAGCGAAGGCAGCGCUUCAGCGUCUGCGUGGCUGGGAGGACGUGGAGGAGGAGCUGGAGGAAAUGCGUCUGGAGGAACAGUCGGAGAGGGCCGAGGGCCGUCUGUCCGUGCUCAGCCUGCUGUCCCAGCGUUCCCUGCGCUGGCAGCUGGUCUCCAUCAUCAUCAUGAACAUGGGCCAGCAGCUGUCGGGGGUCAACGCGAUCUACUACUAUGCAGACAGCAUCUAUGCCUCUGCAGGAGUGAAGGAGAACGAUAUCCAGUAUGUCACCGUGGGAACAGGCGCAGUGAACGUCUUCAUGACCAUAGCUGCUGUCUUCGUCGUGGAGGCCUCGGGGCGACGGCUGCUCCUCCUCUGCGGUUUUGGGAUCUGCUGUGCAGCCUGUGUGGUGCUCACCAUCGCUCUCAACUUCCAGGAGACCGUGACUUGGAUGCCCUACAUCAGCAUCGCCUGUGUCAUCGUCUACGUCAUAGGGCAUGCCAUAGGACCCAGUCCCAUUCCUUAUGUGGUGACCACUGAGAUGUUCAGGCAGUCGGCCAGGCCCGCCGCCUUCAUGGUCGCAGGCUCCGUCCACUGGCUCUCCAACUUCACUGUUGGCCUCAUCUUCCCCUUCCUAGAGGCGGGUCUCGGCUCCUACAGCUUCAUCAUCUUCUCUGUCAUCUGCCUGGUCACGCUGGUCUACAUCUGGCUGGUGGUCCCAGAGACCAAGAGCAAAACCUUCCUGGAGAUCAGCCAGAUGUUCGCCAAGAGGAACAAAGUGGAGAUCAAACUGGGUGAUGGGGAUCUGCCAUUGAAAGAGACCAAAGAGAGCCUGGAGGGUGUACUGACGGUCACGUCCUUCUGAACACAAAUGGGAGCAUUCAGAGGACAGGAAGCCUCCGCUCUGGGGGAUAUUGAAAUGACCUGGAAAGGUUUUAAUUUAGCCUCUUUUUUUAUUUUACGAGGAAUUCUUACACAAUCCCUUUUUGUAUUGUUUCUUUGUGGCUACUAUUGAUCUUUGCUUAAUUUAUUGCUGCUUAAAUAUACUGUGAAACGUGAUGUGUGCAGCCUGUGAUGUGCUUCAGUCAUGAAACAAAACAACAAGUCCCUUGUAAACCUUUAUUCAUGAUGCAAAUAUAUGAAUACAAUACAUGUUGGAAGCAUUAAGAUGCAGUUUGCAUUAAAUAUUGACUCACAGGU